AUGCUCAGGCAGACUGUUGUCAUGAUCUCACUACUAGCUGCUAUAUACCUUUUUCACCUUACACUGGCUGACGGCAAUUGCCUCGUGACAGAUGGAGGAGGCGUCCGUGGCUAUUCGAUGCUCAUCAUUGUGCAGGAGCUUAUGCACCGUACCUACGUCGAAAUCGAAGGGCAUGCGCCUCGGCGAAACCAGAUCCCCAAGCCAUGCGACCACUUCGACCUCAUCGUUGGUACCGGCACCGGCGGCCUCAUCGCCUUGAUGCUCGGGCGUUUACGUCUCGACCUCGAAACCUGCAAGGAACUCUAUGUUCGCAUGACAAGGAUGGUGUUCGAGACGGACAAAACCAUUGCCGGCAUACCAUACCGUUCGACCUUAUUCAAGGCUUCUCGUCUAGAAACUGCAAUCAAGGAAGCAGUUCGAGAACAUACCAUAUACGAAAGGGAAGGCAAUGACGGCACCCAGGCCGACGCAGUCAGCCCCCUCACUACGGCUUCCGGUCCUCGACGUCAUUCCAGUAAUGCCAGCGUUGUCAGUUUCAGUGCGCGGAGUCCUCAGGCCCAGAUGGCACGCCCUGUCUUGAACUCCCGUUGGGGGAACCCGAACGCGAGGCUUUACGACUCCAGAGAGACAAGAACCAAGACUGCUGUUCUGACCAUGUACAAAGGCGCUGGCAAGAGCAGCGCCCCCAUGGUCCUUCGGUCCUACGACUCGAGAAGAGAGCCACCACCGGAGUUCGAUUGCAAAAUAUGGGAAGCUGGCAGGGCCACGUGCGCUAUUGGCCUCGCCUUCAAGCCUAUUCAGAUCGGGCAAUCCGUCUUCCACGAUGACGGUGCCGGCCCAUUCAACCCAGCCCCGGAAGCUUUGGAGGAGGCCCUUGUUAAUGAGUGGCCAGGCCGGGAAAUUGGCGUCUUCGUCAGUGUGGGAACGGGAAGGCGGCCGAAGAGCAGCGAUGCGAACCAACAAAUGUGGUACGAGGGUUCCCUAGGCGAGUAUGCGGAUGCCCGACGAAGACUAAUCUCCUAA